GCCAUCGCGCCGCGGCCGCCGCUUCGCCCCGUCUGGGAAGAGUCCCCGUUUUGCCUCCCCUGAGCCGAGGAACGCCUGUGGACAGGCACUGUGAAUUAAUGGUGACUCAAGAAGUGCCAGACCUACCCACAUGUCUUGAAGAAAAACCUUCAUUAGGUGAAUCCAGCACAUCCAGUAAAGAAAUACUUAACACUAACGACAUGAAGAUGCCUGAAGUUUCUAAAGUCAUGACAAAAGCUGACAUCAAACCAAAAUCUGUGCAUCGUGCCAAAAUAUGGUCAAAUGAUGUAGAGAACUUAUACAGAUUUCAGCAAGCUGGAUACAGAGAUGAGGUGGAAUAUAAACAAGUAAAACAAGUUGAUGAGGUAGAGUGCUGGCCAGAAACUGGAUUUGUUAAGAAACUCCAGAGAAGGGACAAUACAUUCUAUUAUUACAAUAGGCAAAGGGAAUGCGAAGACAAAGAUGUCCGUAAAGUCAAAAUUUAUGUGUAUUAGUGCUGUUACUGUUCUGGUUGGUUUGUUUAUAUAAAUUGUUUCUUAAGACCUGUAAGUAAAUGGACUGUGUAAUCUGGCUUGCCUAAAGAUCCAUCUCAUGCUUAGAUAGAAAGGGGAGUGCUGGAAAUGAAGAGAAGCCUGACCUAUAAACAUAGAAACUUUACUUUUUCCUUCCUAUAACUAAAAGUCUUAUUACUCCUCAUUUUCCUGGUUACAAAUGCUUUGACAUAAAGCUAAAAAGCUGGUAAAUGGGUAUCAUAUAUUUCAAUUAACUGUAUAACAUCCAUUUUAAGUACCAGCAUCAAUCUUCAUUCCAAACAAUAGAAUCUAGUUGACACUGGUUAAUGUCAGCCACAGUCUCUUAGGGCAGCUAAAGGUUAUGAGACUCCAAAGGGCCAAAGUGAGGCCAGGGCACUGACUGACAUUUCCUUGGAGCAGAGCAAGAAAAACAAGCAAAGAAUUUAAGUGAAAGAUGCUGAACAAUCAAGUAACAAUGGCCAGUGCUGAGCUGCAGAUAUAAAGACUGGUUAUUGUGAUAGAAGGAAUCACAACAUAAAUGUCUUUUUGUUUAUCCCCAAAGUAUUUUUGUCAGGUGCCAGUAUUAAUUACUCAAAGAGGAAGUAUUAAUUGACUUAGCAGCAUAUUCCUUCUUGCAGAGGUGGAUUGUGAAUUCACAGGUGUUGGGAACAUGGAGUAUAAAACUCCAGGAAGAACAUGAAAUCCAUACUCAGUAAUAUUUAGGGGAAAGUGACAUACACAGAUGAUAUGUGGGAUUUCUGGGCAGAAUUCAUCUCAUCUAACUUGAAAUGUCACAUUAUCAACAUCCACACCUGAUCCUGUCAUUUGGACAGCCUCUGUUCUGAAUAGAGAGAAGCUCUUGUGGGCACAAUUAAUUUAUUUUAAGUGCAGCUAUGUAAUGUUUUCUUUGAAUGUGCUGCUGUGACAUCAGCUCUGCAGCAGCUGCCCAUAUCUGGGCUUCUGAGAUACUCAAUGAAGAUGAGGGACUGUACUUACCUUCACUCAUGAGGGGAUUUAAUUAAAAUAUUUUGAGAUGCCAAAACUCUUGAUAAUUGACCAACAGAACAGACUUGUUGUGUAAACCACUGGGUGUGUUUGAGGUAGUUACAAAAAAUUUGUUAUUGAUAUUUCCUAUCUCUAGACUGUUGACCAAGGGUAUCUAAACUUACAUUUAGGCAGGAGUUAGCAGUGUACAUUUGGCCACCUAUCUUAUGGAUAUUCAUUUAUUUGAGCCUACAAUGGAAGCAGACUCAAGAUGAGAAAUAGAAGACUUACAGCUCCUAGUCAAAAUAACUAGUAUGAGUUUAUAUUUAAAAGGCUUCAUUGACAAUGAUUGCUGAUGAUCUCAUCUUAUUUAGACCACUUGGAAAGUUUUAGCUUAAAUUUGUAUGAGCUCUGUUAGGGAAGGGACUGAAAGAUACUCUGAGGCAACUAUGAAACUUAUAUUCCCAGAAGGUUUUAAUGGCAUAUAGAGAGUUACUGAAAUGUAGAGAAAUAAAGCAUUGCUGCAAUGAAUGUCAUUUCAGCCUUUCAUUAUGAUUUCUUUUAUGCUUGGAAUGCUCUGGAUAUACUUUUUAAAGUCACGACUUUUUACAUACUUUGCAGUUAAAUAGUGGAAACAGAGCAAUUACCAGAUAACCCAUCUAUUUUAUCAUUUUAGUUUAGUGGAUCUCACUUUGUUAACUUUAUAGGUUCCUAAAAACAAAAUAUUCCAGUGGCCUUUAAAGAAUUUCACAAAAAAUAGAUGUGGUGUAUAGCCAGCUCAAAUUUAUUGUCAGAAAUUAUUGCUAACAGCACACAUAGAAGAAGUGAGAACAUUUGGUACAGCCGUUUUCUUAGUGUAUAAAAAAGACAUAGUUGGGCAUUUGAGAACAGGAAUUAAAACUGCAGAUAACUUUUUAGGAUUUAAUGUGAAUUUUUUUUCCUCAAGAAAAAUGUUUAGAAGUUGAAACAAUAUAA